AUGGAUGAGGCUCAGCAAAGCCAGGAGAAGGCCAGCACAGGGAGCACAUACAGCUGUAAAGCCAGUGCUACUGGUUUUGAGGAUGACCAUGUUGAGACUGCACAAGAAAUAUCAGAGAAGGAAGCUCUUUCUCCUACAUAUGUCACAGACAGGAUAUAUUUUAUGGAUGUAGCCAAUAAACAACUGCAAACCGUCCCACCAGAGGUCUUGAGCCUGGAGUAUCUGGAAGAACUGCACAUAGAAAGGAACCAGAUUAUAACCAUCCCCAGGGACAUCAAUCGCCUGAGGCACUUGAAGAUCCUUUACUUGGAUCGGAAUCAUAUCCAGGACAUCUGUGAAGAACUGGGGGAGCUGAAAUGUCUUCGGAGCUUAGAUUUAAGUUACAAUCCCCUCUCCUGCAGUUCACUGCCAGUUAUCAGCAAGCUGUAGUCCCUUCGCCAGCUCCGGCUCUAUAAAACCAACCUGGAGAAAGUCCCAGUGGAGCUCUGUGAACAGCUCCAUCACGUUGAACUGCUCGGCCUUUCCGACAAUAAUCGUCUGCCUAAAGAAAUAGUCAAUCUGACAAAACUGAAGGAGAUUUACCUCCAGAAAAAUAGACUUGAAAGUUUUCCCAAGGAGCUUUGUCAUAUUGCUAGUUUAGAAAUAAUAGAUGUGGAAGAAAAUGGAAUCAAUCUCAUCCCAGAAGAGGCAGGCUUUUUGACAAACUUAGUUAAGCUAUUUUUAGCUUUUAAUAACUUAUCCUCCAUUCCUCCUACACUGCAACACUGCCAGAAGCUGGCUGUGCUGGAUCUGUCUCACAAUCUCCUGCACAAGAACCUGAGUGCAGUGAGAGUGCUCAGCCUGGCAGCCAACAGCCUGGAGAAGUUCCCAGCCCAGCUCUACCGCUGGCCGGCCCUCGCCCGCAUUGAUCUGAGCAGCACCGGGCUUCACACAGUACCCACGUCCUUCACCUGACUAACCAGUGUCAAGGAACUAGAUCUGAGUAAAAAUUGCCUCGAUGAGAUUCCUAAAGGAAUAUGCACAAUGGAAAAUCUGGAAGUGUUGAUCCUGGAUGACAAUCAGAUACAGGAGAUACCCAUGGAGAUGAAAGAACUGACAAAUCUGAAACGCCUUAGCCUGCUUGAAAAUCGAUUCAAUACCUUUCCAAAGGAAAUCUUUCUCCUGGAGUCAUUGGAGAGAUUACACUUGGGACAAAAUAAAGGAAUUAAAUUCACCAGUCUGCCAGAAGACAUCAGCAAAUUGCAGAAUCUGAAAGAACUGCAUGUGGAGAAUAAUUGUCUGGAGCACCUGCCCACAGCCACUGGCCCACUGACCCACCUGAAAAUACUUGACUGUCGCAACAAUCUCCUCAAAGAGCUCCCAGCCUCUGUUUGCCAAAUACAAGGUUUGCAGAAACUGCUCAUUCAGAACAAUCAAGUGUCACAGCUGCCUGAGGAUUUGGACAGACUUCAGCAGCUGGAGCUGGUCCUUGUGGAAGGGAUCCCUAUGAUAGACCCUCCCAUUGAAGUGUGCUGUCAGGGGACAGCUGCCAUUAGGGAAUACUUACAGGGAAAAAAGGAGUAA